CUGCAAUCGCCUAUCUCUGCACUAUCGGCCGGCUGCGGGGCUCAUCGGGGUGGUUGCCACCGCUGUGCUCGGGCGCAUAUAACGGCCGUUGAUGUUGUGGGGUUGGCCCCGCAGCAGCUUAUCAGUCCCGACAGGACAGAGGAUAUAAGGCGGCGAGCAACACACGGACGAGCAAGGCAUACCAACUCCCCUCGGCAACAUGACCCUCGAGACCGACCCCCACGCACGCACCCCGCCCAGCCGCGCCGCGACCCGCAAGGAACGCUUCGUGUCCUUCAUCUGGGACUCGGACUACUACACCAAGUCGGAAGCCGAGCGCUGGCUCGUCUUCAAGCUCGACUGCGUUAUCCUCCCCGUCGUCUGCCUCGGAUGGCUCAUGAAGUACAUUGACCAGAGCAACAUCACGAACGCGUACGUGAGCGGCAUGAAGGAGGAGCUGGGUAUCCACGCGAACGAGUACACGUACAUGAUUCUCUGUUACAAUGUCGCCGCGGUGCUCAUGAUGCUGCCCGGCAACCUGAUCGCGCUGAAGAUGCGCCCGUCGUACCUCCUCGCCGGGUGCGAGGUGCUCUGGAUGGUCUUCACCUUCGCACAGGCCGGAGCACGCAGCUCGACCGACCUGUACGUGUUCCGCUUCUUCGUUGGCCUCUUCGAGGCGUCCUUCGCCCCCGUGGUCCUCUUCCUCCUCGGGUCAUGGUACACGUCUGCCGAGCUCGCUAAGCGCACGUCUAUCUGGUUCAUCGCCGGAAACGCGGGGCAGGCGUUCUCGGGAUACAUGCAGGCUGCGAUCUACACGACGCUGAACGGCAAGCUCGGCAUGGCCGGGUGGCGCUGGCUGUACAUCAUCUGCGGGAUCAUGACCUUCCCGACCGCCAUGCUCGUCCUCUUCCUGCUGCCCGACUUCCCGCACAACUGCCGCAGCCGGUACAUCACCCCUGCGGAGCGCGAGAUGGCGCGUGCGCGGUGUGCGCGCAACGGUACCGCCGAGAUCACGGGCAAGAUCGGCUUUGGCCUCCUCAAGCGCGUGCUGGGUAACUGGCGCUGGUGGAUCAUUGUGCCUACGUACAUUGUGUACGCUACCGCGUGCCAGGACUACAACUACUUUGCUAUCUGGCUCAAAGGCCACGGAUCUGGUGUCGUCAAGGCAAACAUCUGGUCCUCGGGGCUCUUCCUGACCGGUAUCCCGUUCGCCGUGGGCUACGCAUACCUCGCCGACCUGCUGCGUAACCGCUUCAUCGUGUGUUUCUGUGCGCUCUGCUGGGCGUGCGUGCCGACGGGAAUCAUUGCGGUUCACCCGCUUCACAUCUGGAACCUGAUGAUCUUCGCCUUCUUCACCUGCUACACCUUCUUCAUCACGCCCGUCCUCUUCUCAUGGUUCAACGAGAUCGCCCACGGCAACGCCGAGGAGCGCGCAGUCAUCAUUGCGAGCGCCAACACCGGCUUCGCCGUCUUCAACUGCUGGCUUCCGACCAUCAUCUUCAAGCAGACGGACGGGCCGCGGUUCAAAAAGGGCUUCGCCACGACGUUCAGCUGUGCCGCCGCAUCGCCCUUCCUCUUCCUCCUCCUCAAGCUGAUGCACGACAGGCAGAAGCGGCGCGAGAAGGCCGAGCGCGAUGCCCUCGAGGACAUCGAGGCGCGCGAGGACAAGGAGAAGGAGGCGGGCAUGGACCGCGUCGUGACUGCGUAGUUGGGGCAGGCAGGGGCGCAAGUGUCGUAGUUGUUUAAGAGCGAACAGAAGGGAUGGAUCAAUCUAUGUAGUGUCU